AUGUUCAUGUGGUGGAAUAUUGGACAGGACAUAAUUGACGACAAAGGUCAAGUGCGGAGGAUCCGGCCAUUGAAAUACCUUCUGCUUCAACAAUACUGGGAUGACAUCACAGACUACAACACAAGGAGGAACAUCAACAAAGCGAGGGUGGUCAUGAAUGAAGUGGAAAGGAUUUGCCGGGAACGGGGGGUACUGGGACAAGGAGAAGAGAUUGUGCCGCAGAACCUGAUGCAAUGUUACAGUACAGGAUUUCGUCAAGUGGUUGAGACAGUUUAUGGGAAAGACGCAUGGGUGGACCUUGGCACGCGGAAACAGUUCUGUUCAUAUUCGUACAUUACUUACUACAAGAAUCUGGGAAUUGUAUGGAGAAACAAUCGCAGUCAAGGCGUUGCACCAACGUCUGAACAGAUUGUUGCAGACGCAUCAGCAGAUGAUG